GGGUGGAAGGGAUGGUCAGGAGGGUGGCAAGAUCGGAGGGGACGCUUCGCCAUGGAAUAUGAAGUCAAGAAAGGGAAAAAGGGCUUUGUAUCCCCCAUCCGGAGGCUGGUGUUCCCCAAGGCCGCGCGCCGGGCUGCCUUUCGGACCAGUGUGAGUCGCCGGCCCCUACACUCGAUGCCCCUUUACCCCCCUGACUAUCUCAUCGACCCUCAGAUUCUGCUGUGUGACUACCUGGAGAAAGAGGUCAAGUUCCUGGGUCACCUCACCUGGGUUACCUCCUCACUGAACCCCUCCAGCCGCGACGAGCUCCUGCAGCUGCUGGACACGGCCAGGCAGUUGAAGGAACUGCCGCUGAAGACCACCGCGGAGCAGGACAGUAUCCUGAGCCUGUCCGCCCGCUGCCUGCUGCUCACCUGGCGCGACAACGAGGAGCUAAUCCUGCGCAUCCCCACGCAUGAGAUCGCGGCCGCCUCCUACCUGCAGGACGACGCGCUGCACCUGCUGGUGCUUAAGACCGGUCUGGGCGUGGACCCGGUGCCAGCCGGCGUAGACGCCAGCCCCGGCGGCGCGGGGCGCGACCCGGGCCAGCCGGGCGCGGCGCCCGAGAAGCGGCGGGGGGGCACCACGGAGCGGCGCCACACCAUCUGCAGCCUGGACUGGCGGAUGGCGUGGGGCGGGGGUGCGAGCGCGGAGGCCCGGGCCGGGGGCGGCGGCGGCGGCAGCCUGGAGCGCCAGCGCGCCGGGGCGCGGGCGUCGGGCAGCUGGGAGCGGCGGCAGACGUUCAGCGGCAGCUGGGAGCGGCGGCACGCCGGCGGCGGCGGCGGCGCGGGCAAGCCGGGCGGCAGCUGGGAGCGGAGGCAAGCGGGCGGCGGCGGCGGCAGCUGGGAGCGGCGCCACCCGGGCUCCAACCCUCUCGACCCGCAGGACCCCAGCCCCGACGCCUACUGCAACCUUGUCAUCCUGGCCGUGGCCAACAGGGAUGCUGCUGAGGAGUCCUGUGCCCUCAUCUGUCAGGUCUUCCAGAUCAUCUACGGGGACCAGAGCAUUGAGUGCGUGGACCGGGCCGGCUACCACUACACAUCCACGCCUGAGCGGCCAUGGCUGUGCAGCCGCAGUGAGAGCUGCCGCACGGAUGGGACUUACGCCUAUGACGCCGACUUCAGCUGCUGCAGCUCCUUCAAUGGCUCCCAGGAUACAUUUGAAGCGUGUUAUAGUGGCACGUCCACACCCUCUUUCCAUGGCUCCCACUGCAGCGGCAGUGACCACAGUGGCCCGGGCCUCGAGCAGCUGCAAGAUUACAUGGUCACGUUGCGGAGUAAACUGGGACCCCUUGAGAUCCAGCAGUUUGCGAUGCUGCUGCGAGAGUACCGGCUGGGGCUGCCCAUCCAGGACUACUGUGCGGGCCUGCUGAAGCUCUAUGGAGACCGGCGCAAGUUCCUCCUCCUUGGGAUGCGGCCCUUCAUCCCUGACCAGGACAUCGGCUACUUCGAGGGCUUCCUGGAGGGCGUGGGCAUCCGCGAGGGAGGCAUUCUCACUGACAGCUUCGGCCGCAUCAAGCGCAGCAUGAGCUCCACGUCGGCGUCGGCUGUGCGCAGCUACGAUGGCGCGGCCCAGCGGCCCGAGGCACAGGCCUUCCACCGGCUGCUGGCCGACAUCACGCACGACAUCGAGGCGCUGGCCCCCGACGAUGAUGAAAGCACGGACGAGGAGGCCAGGGACUCCCCGGGUGGGGGGGAUGCGGCGGAGGACAACUACCUGUAACCGCAGACGAAGGGGACGGUGGGGACGCACCCACAAUCCCGGCUGCGUCUCACUGGCUCCUGCUUGUGAGACCCCGGGCCCAGGGACCCCCUCGCAACGGACUCGGGCCUCCACUCCCCCUGGGUAUCCGUCCCUGCCCUCGGGGCUCCAGUCCCUGCAGUACCAAGGAUGUCCUGCAGGGGGCGGGGCCCUAAUGUCGCAGUUGCCGGAGGCUCAGUGGGCCCCUCUGCCAGACCAGGAUGGGCAGCGCCCCACUUUGUCCCGCUAGCCCCAGGCGCGGUCCCAGGACCUCUCAUCUUCCUUCCCUGCCCUCCCACUCCCGCAACUUUCUGGAGGCCAACGGAGGGAUGAGGGGUGGGCUCCACCUGCUGGCAGACAGAAAAAAAGCCCCAGAGCCCAGGCAGUUCUCUUUCACAGUUUGAGAAAUUAAGGUUCAAAGAAUGGGAAGGAACUUAAGAGAAUCUCCUAUUUCUCCUUAGAGAUUACCUCAAGCUAACCAUACGAAAUAGUGUCGAGGGUCUUCUUAGGACUCUAAGUGUCAGGGUCGCCCCUCCCCUCAUGGCAGGAAUUGGAUCAUCAGUGUGAAACAGGGGUUUUUCUCUGCUGGCUGUUGAGUCAGAAGUAGAUGAUCGGGGUCCCAGUCCUGGUCCUAAAACUCUGAAGGAGUUGCUUGUUUAGAUCUGGAUUUAGAGCCAGACAGACCUAGGGCUCCUGUCUGGUUAGUGUUCUCACCUCUUGGUGACUUCCAUUCCCUAAUCUGUUGGAUGAGGUGGGCGCCUCCCACUUCUCAGGGUGGUUCUGGGGACUAACAAAAGUCAAGGUCUUGGGGCUGGGUCCAGCACCUGAUAGGCACCCAAUAAAAGCUGUUCCCUUCCACACCUGA